AUGGCGGAGAGAUCGCAGGUGCAGGUGGUGUGCACUCCGUACACCGCCAUCGUCGAGGAGUACGCUCUCUUUCUAAAGGCGCGCCAGCUCGUCGUGCAGGCGUUGCCCUGUGGCAGCGCCAUCGUAGGAAGCCGCCUUCCGUCACCGUGCAAGUCUGCUAGAGACCUGUACAGUGAGUCCCGUCGCUCGCCAACGGGGAGGCACAGUGCUCACGAGCACAGCAUUGAUACGGAUGAGGACGGCGGCGGUGUCGACGCUGCCACACGCCUGGCAGCCCUGCAGCUUCCGGCGUCAUGGCUGCAUGCAUGGCUUCGGCACACCGAGGCUUUAGCAGAGGGUGACGACGCCGACGCGGACGGCGUAGCGACGUGGCUGAAGUCGAGCGAGAAGGCGUGGCUCUCGGUGCAGCCAGCGCUCGAGUACGCCUCGUUCAGCUAUGGACCCGUCCACGCCGUCAGUUGGCUGCAGUGGGAAGAAGUCAAGGCGCUCCACAGUGCCGAACAACCGCGCUGUAAAUGGCACGCCGAGUCCGCCGGGAAAACGGUCAGGAGGUUGCCUGUAAGGACGCCGCCGUGCAUCGUCGUGCAGGUGGUGUUACUGUGGUUUCAUGAAGGUCAGAUGCACCGCCUGAUGCCGGAGGAGUUUGUGAACCUGGAGGCCAAGGCGCUCGCUGCUCGGUCGAUGCGGCCACCGCGCGCCGCAUUCACAGGGCGGUCUGUGGCGCCGCUCUCCAGGUCACUCUUCACGUGCUACAUGACGCUGGAGUACCCGCCUGGCACACUGUGUCCCCACCGUGUUCCCGUGCCGAUCGCGGAGCCGCUGCUGACUCGCCAAGAGCUGGUGGAGCUGGUGAGGUCCACGGCCCACAUACGUCGGCACCAUCCGCUCCGUGUGGCGUACCGAGUAUGGCCACAGGCCACCUCACCCACGGCAGCAGCACCAGCAUCGGCGCUGCCCUGGUCUGGUGGCCGCGCCGGCGUCUCCUCUGCCGCGGCACGGAUCGCGGUGGCGACGCCGACCAUGCGUGCGCCACCCCUGCACGCGUUGGAGAGCGACGCCGCAAUGGUGGAGUUCAUUCGUGAUGUCUUGGCCUACGGCCACACAGCCGUGCAAGUCGUGGCGGUGCGCAGUGGCCGCGUGCCGGUACAGGAUAUGAAUGGCAGACGGCCCGAGGCGGUCAGCAACGGUGUGCGGAGAGCACCGCAGCGGCCCUACUACACUGAGCCCAACAUGCGACAGGUGGAGGAGAGACGCACCGUGCUCGUCACAAACAACGCGCGCACCGGUGACAUCCAUCGCGGCAUCACGCGAAAAUAUAGCACUACUCAGCAUGGCAGUCUCUCCUCCGUGUGGCGCAUGGCAAGAGUCGCAUCCCCGCCGCCAAUGGCGGCAGCGGCGGAGGAGCAGAGCAGUUGCCGCACGGUGGAGCCACUGCCCAUUGAUAGGGAGGAUGAGGAAGUGGAGCGCGAGAACAGCAAGGCGCCCGCAGAGGCGGGGGGGACGACGGCACUGGCAGUGGAUGUCAGCAGCACGGGCUGUCUCGGAAGCUGUGGCGACGCCGCCCCCUCGCCGUCCCCACACAGCCAUGAGCUGCAGACGCGGGGACCGCCCUCAUCAAUCCAUGACAGCGACGCGAUGGCCUCCGGUGAAGACGACCCGCCGCACCUCUUGCUGCAAGACGCGGUGCCGCCCUCGCUGUCCGAGGGGAGCAGGGGCAGCAUCACCCCUGCUGGCGAGGCGGCCUUGCAAGGCAUCCAUCACGCUCACUUCGGCGAUGCAGACGAAUUCGGUGCGACAUGGCGCGACGCCGAUCGGUACACCGAGUACGGGUCAGCCAGGGGAGCGGGGGAUGGUGUUGAUUCACAGCAGCAGCCGGAGUUGCAGCACGAAGCGCUGCGACGCCCUCGCAUGGACAGAAGCGUACAGUGCAAAUUGUUUGUCGAGGAUGCGCGAAAACGUAAGCUGUCGGUGCAAUACCCGGAGACGCUCACGGCAGUGGACUCAUGGAGUGACCAUCGGGUUUCUCACGCACCGCAUGUGCGUAGCCCGACGUCGUCACUGCGCAAGCCGCCUGCCGAUCCAGGCGACGUCUCUGCAGGAGCUGCGGAGGGGGCGACCACAGACAACGCUCACGUGGCUGUCCCAGCACCGUGUGCGAAGUCGCCGUGCUCUGUCUCCGUUACGCAGCAGCGGCGCACCACCUCGGGUAGCUGCGGCAGCGCCACAAUCCCAGACCCCGCGACAAUGGUGCUCGUGCGCUACGAGGUGAGCCCCACUGUCGUGUGCGUCUCCGGCCCCGUGCAGCAGACGGUGCUGCAACAUCUUCAGGAAGCCAUCUUCCAGCGAUGCUGCGCCCACCUGUGCCAUGACCUGGGCGCGCCGCGCCCGCACUUUCACGCAGCACACCAUCAUCGCCACGCCGGCAGCGCACAGCCCACCAAGGCAGCCGCGAGCUUCAUCAACUCCUCCUCGGCCGCUGCAGCGCCCUCCACAGAGACCGCGAUGGCGGUGAGGCUCGGCAACGGCGACCGCCACACCAGAGACUCCGACCUCCCAAUCACAUCCACCACUGAUGUGCCUCGCACCGAAUUCAUUCUACCGCUCCACCACUACACCUUCACCCGUGUCGAAGAGGACGCCUUGGAGCGCUGCAUUGCGGAGGUCAUGGGCGCCUACCAAGGCCUCGAGCAGCUGCCAGCGAAGGAGGCGGAGGAGUGGAUACGGGCGACACCGAACCUUGUCUCCCCGGGGUGCGAGAAGGGGCAGGAAGUGGGCAACAGCAUGGUGGUGCCGUUGCUGUCGUGA